AUAAGAAAAAGGCUGUUUUUGUUUCCAGUGAGCUGCUGCGAAAAUGGCGGUGUCUCGUCGCUCAUCGCAGCAACAACAGCUGGGUAACCUGCAAUCUCCGCCACGAAACAGUUCUCUUUCUGUAAGUCCUCCGGACUCUCUGCCAAUUGAUAUUGUGGCAGCGACGUCAGUGCCCCCGGAUGGUGAGCGUGGAUGCAGCGCAGGCAUGGAGAAUCCUUCGGGCUCUCCGGAUCUUCCAGCCCCGGCCCUCAGCACUGGGAGCAGCACAAGCCCGACCACAACAACCUCCGGCGGGGAGAGUAGUAUUGUCUCGAGCCCCGGUUCAGGAGGCACGAGCCCCGGCGACGGCAGUAGCGGGAUCGGUGGAGCUUUCAGGGAUCUAUUUGAGGCCUGUCGGAAUGGAGAUGUAUCCCGUGUGAAGAGACUCGUAGACUCGGUGAAUGUUAAUGCGAAGGACAUGGCCGGGCGAAAAUCUACCCCUCUACAUUUCGCUGCAGGUUUUGGACGAAAGGAUGUGGUUGAGCACCUUUUACAGACUGGAGCAAAUGUGCAUGCUCGAGACGACGGUGGUCUCAUUCCCCUUCACAACGCCUGCUCCUUUGGCCAUGCCGAGGUGGUCAGUCUCCUGCUGUGCCAAGGUGCAGACCCCAAUGCACGGGACAACUGGAACUACACACCUCUGCACGAGGCAGCCAUCAAAGGCAAGAUUGAUGUGUGCAUCGUGCUCCUCCAGCAUGGCGCCGAUCCCAACAUCCGUAAUACGGACGGCAAGUCUGCCCUGGAUCUGGCAGACCCCUCUGCCAAGGCUGUGCUCACUGGUGAGUACAAGAAGGAUGAACUCCUGGAAGCAGCAAGGAGUGGCAACGAGGAGAAACUGAUGGCACUACUGACCCCGUUAAAUGUCAACUGCCAUGCCAGUGAUGGCCGCAAGUCAACAUCCCAAAAAAUGCUGUCCACCCCACUGCACCUGGCGGCUGGUUACAACCGCGUACGCAUCGUCCAGCUACUGCUGCAGCACGGGGCAGAUGUCCAUGCCAAGGACAAAGGUGGCCUGGUCCCUCUUCACAACGCCUGUUCCUAUGGACACUUUGAGGUCACAGAGCUUCUUCUCAAGCAUGGAGCAUGUGUGAAUGCCAUGGACCUGUGGCAGUUCACCCCUCUCCACGAGGCCGCAUCUAAGAACCGUGUCGAGGUCUGUUCUCUGCUGCUGAGCCACGGGGCCGACCCCAACCUGCUCAAUUGCCACAGCAAGAGUGCCGUGGACUUGGCCCCCACCCCUGAACUCAAAGAGCGGCUCACCUAUGAGUUUAAAGGUCAUUCGCUGCUCCAGGCAGCUCGGGAGGCAGACAUGGCCAAGGUGAAGAAGACUCUGGCUCUGGAGAUCAUUAGCUUCAAACACCCACAGACCAACGAGACAGCCCUGCACUGUGCCGUUGCUUCCCCUCACCCCAAACGGAAGCAGGUGACCGAGCUGCUACUGCGUAAAGGUGCCAACGUCAACGAGAAGAACAAAGACUUCAUGACGACUCUGCAUGUAGCGGCUGAGAGAGCACACAACGACAUCCUGGACGUGCUGCAGAAACAUGGAGCCAAGGUAAAUGCGGUGGACACCCUGGGUCAGACGGCCCUCCACAGGGCAGCCCUGGCGGGCCACAUCCAGACAUGCAAACUACUGCUGAGCUACGGGGCCGACCCGGCCAUCGUCUCCCUGCAGGGCUUUACUGCCUCACAGAUGGGCAACGAGGCCGUGCAGCAGAUCCUCAAUGAAAAUAUUCCAACUCGUAACUCUGAUGUCGACUACCGGUUUCUGGAAGCUGCCAAGGCUGGAGAUUUGGACACUGUGCAGCAACUCUGCACUCCUCAGAACGUGAACUGUCGGGACCUGGAGGGUCGUCACUCUACCCCUCUGCACUUUGCUGCAGGCUACAACCGUGUGGCCGUGGUGGAGUACCUGCUACAUCACGGAGCUGACGUACAUGCUAAAGACAAAGGUGGUCUGGUGCCCCUCCACAACGCCUGCUCCUACGGUCACUAUGAGGUGGCUGAGCUGCUGGUGAGACACGGGGCAUCGGUGAACGUAGCUGACCUCUGGAAGUUCACCCCGCUCCACGAGGCUGCCGCCAAGGGCAAAUACGAGAUCUGCAAACUGCUGCUCAAGCAUGGAGCGGACCCCACCAAGAAGAACCGUGAUGGUAACAUGCCUCUGGACAUGGUGAAGGAUGGCGACACGGACAUCCAGGACCUGCUGAGAGGAGACGCUGCGCUGCUGGACGCUGCUAAGAAGGGCUGUCUGGCCCGCGUCCAGAAACUCUGCAGCCCAGAGAACAUCAACUGUAGAGACACACAGGGACGUAACUCCACCCCUCUGCACCUCGCAGCUGGCUACAACAACCUGGAGGUGGCGGAGUACCUCCUGGAGCACGGGGCUGACGUCAAUGCGCAGGACAAGGGAGGCCUCAUCCCCCUGCACAACGCUGCCUCCUAUGGGCACGUGGACAUUGCUGCCCUUCUGAUAAAGUUCAACACAUGUGUGAACGCUACAGAUAAAUGGGCCUUCACCCCGCUCCACGAAGCAGCUCAGAAGGGCCGUACCCAGCUGUGUGCUCUGCUGCUGGCCCACGGAGCAGACCCCACCAUGAAGAACCAGGAGGGACAGACCGCACUGGACCUGGCUACGGCUGAUGACAUCCGUGCCCUGCUGAUGGAUGCCAUGCCCCCGGAUGCCCUGCCCAGCUGCUUCAAGCCCCAGGCCACGGUGGUCAGUGCAGGCUCGGUCAUCUCCCCAGCCUCCACGCCCUCUUGCCUGUCUGCAGCCAGCAGUAUCGACAACCUGGCUGGGCCCCUCAACGAGCUCGGGGCCGCAGGGACCUCCGGAGUGGCCGACGGGGCUGCAGGCUCCGACAGGAAGGAGGGGGAAUUGGCGAUGUUGGACAUGAACAUCGGUCAGUUCCUGAAGAGCUUGGGUCUGGAGCAUAUAAGGGAAAUCUUUGAGAGAGAACAGAUCUCUCUGGAUGUGCUGGCUGACAUGGGUCACGAGGAACUGAAAGAGAUUGGGAUCAACGCUUACGGCCACCGACACAAACUCAUCAAGGGAGUGGAGAGGCUGCUGGGGGGACAACAAGGUGCCAACCCGUACCUGACAUUCCACUGUGCCAACCAGGGCACGGUCCUGAUCGAUCUAGCCCCUGACGACAAAGAGGGCCAAUCAGUGGAGGAGGAGAUGCAAAGUAGCAUCAGAGAACACAGGGAUGGAGGGAACGCAGGAGGGGUGUUCAGCAGAUACAACAUCAUCAAGAUCCAGAAGGUGGUCAACAAGAAGCUACGGGAGCGAUACACACACCGCCAGAAGGAGAUAUCGGACGAGAACCACAACCACCACAAUGAGCGCAUGCUCUUCCAUGGUUCUCCAGGUUCUCCGUUCAUAAAUGCCAUCAUCCACAAAGGUUUUGACGAGCGGCAUGCGUACAUCGGAGGGAUGUUUGGAGCAGGGAUCUACUUUGCUGAGAACUCCUCUAAGAGUAACCAGUAUGUUUAUGGCAUCGGGGGCGGCACCGGAUGCCCCACACACAAAGACCGCUCCUGUUACCUGUGCCACAGGCAGAUGUUAUUCUGCCGUGUAACCCUGGGGAAGUCCUUCCUCCAGUUCAGUGCCAUGAAGAUGGCCCACGCCCCCCCUGGACAUCACUCUGUGAUUGGCCGGCCCAGCGUCAACGGCCUGGCCUACGCAGAGUAUGUCAUCUACAGAGGAGAGCAGGCCUACCCAGAGUAUCUCAUCACCUAUCAGAUCCUUAAACCGGAGAGUACGGCCGCGUCUGCUGCAGGAGCGGAGCAGAAGUCUUAGUCCUGCACCACCAGACCAAUCUCACACAGUCCUCCUGACCCACAACACACAAGACUGAGACUUUUUAGUGUUUUGUCUCUGUGCUUUUUUGUUUUAUUGUAAUGUCUAAACCUUUUUUAAAUUUCUUCACAGCCUGAGUUCCAGUUCAAUUCUUCUUGUCCAGUAGAGGUAACAGUAGACUGCUCAGGCGACAUAUGAAGUAUACUGUAAUAUAUUAUCUGCUUGUGGUGAUAGUUUUGGUUUUCUUUGCAUUGGCUGCAUGCAUAGACAGACGCAUGUAUAGCCCAAUAGCGUGUGUGGGUUCCCCACUAGCUACCCCUGGAGAGGGUUGUAGAGAUUCACCCUCUCGUCUGCCCUACAGUGUCAGAAUAUUAACAAUUCGCUACCAUUCUCACCUUAUCAUGCCUUGUGACUUGGAGAAUCCCCUCUCUUCAACCCUGUUGUUUUCAACCAGAGUAUGUAACCCCUGUAAUACUGGCCUGCCCCAGCCAUCCUUACAUGCAUACAUACAUACUAUACAUGACCAAAGGUAUGUGGACACCUGCUCAUCGAACAUCUCAUUCCAAAAUCAUGGGCAUUAAUAUGGAGUUGGUCCCCACCUUUGCUGCUUUAACAGCCUCCACUCCUCUGGGAAGGCUUUCCACUAGAUGUUGGAACAUUGCUGCGGGGACUUGCUUCUAUGCAGCUACAAAAGCAUUAGUGGGGUUGGGCAAUUAGGCCUGGCUUGCAGUCGGGGUUCCAAUUCAUCCCAACGUUGUUCGAUGGGGUUGAGAUCAGGGCUCUGUGCAAGCUAGUCAAUUUCCACCACACCAAUCUCGACAAACCAUUUCUCUAUGGACCUUGCUUUGUGGAUGGGGGUAUUGUCAUGCUGAAACAAGAAAGGUCCUUCCCCAAACUGUUGCCACAAAGCAAAAAGCACAGAAUCAUCUAGAAUGUCAUUGUAUGCUGUAGCAUUAAGAUUUGCCUUCACUGGAACCAAGGGGCCUAGCCCGAACCAUGAAAAACAGCCCCAGACCAUUUUUCCCCCUCCACCAAACUUUACAGCUGGCACUAUGCAUUCGGGCAGGUAGUGUUCUGGCAUCUUCCGAACCCAGUUUAGUCCGUCGGACUGACAAAUGGUGAAGCCUGAUUCAUCAAUCCAGAGAACUCAUUUCUACUGCUCCAGAGUCCAAUGGUGGCAAGCUUUACACCACUCCAGCCGACGCUUGGCAAUGCGCAUGGUAAUUUUAGGCUUGUGUGUGUGUGGCUGCUCGGCCAUGGAAAUCCAUGUCAUGAAGCUCCCGAUGAACAUUUCUUGUGCUGACGUUGCUUCCAGAGGCUUUUUGGAACUCGAUAGUGUUUGUCUAUGGAGUUUGCAUGGCGGUGUGCUCGAUUUUGUACACCUGUCAGCAAUGGGUAUGGCUGAAAUAGCCAAAUCCACUCAUUUGAAGGGGUGUUCACAUACUUCUACCAGUACACACGUUUAAUGGGAAGAGAACAAUUAUCUACUCACACAUUAUUAUUGUUGUUAUUAUUAUUGUUCAUUGCACAAGAAAUGAUGUGAACUCCACAUCCCGGAUUGCCAUGGUCUUAUUCAAAUCCAUGUGUAAGGAUUUGCACUUUUAAGUAGAAAACUAUUUAAGUUAUUUGAAAUUAAUUGCAAAUGUUAUGGGGGGUGGGGGAAAUGUAUGUACAGGUUGUGUAAAUGGAUGUGUAUAACUUGAUGUUUUAACUAUGUAAUUUGAGUUUUAUUGUAAAUUAAGUCCUGUUCUGGUCUUGAUUCGCUCUACUUUUUGAAUAAACAUUAUCCACGUAA